AUGAAGGCCCAAGCCGUGCGCUGUUCAAAGGCGACGAAGGAUCCGGCGACAAAGCAGCCGGCGACGAAGCAGCCGGCGACGAAGCAGCCGGCGACGAAGCAGCCGGCGACGAAGCAGCCGGCGACGAAACAGCCGGCGACGAAGCAGCAGGCGACAAAACAUCAAGCGACGAAACAGCAGGCGACGAAGCAGCAGGCGACGAAACAGCAGGCGACAAAACAGCAGGCGAUGAAGCAGCCGGCGACGAAGCAGUCUGCGACAAAGGAUCAGGCGACGAAGGAGCAAGUCGCGAAGCAGGCACCGUCGUCGUCGUCGCCACCCUGCCAAUCGGCCCAAGACCGAUCCAAGAUCUUGAAAGCAGCGCUACUGAACAUGGCGAAGCGGCAGCCCAAGAGUCCCGAGGUGCAUUUCUUCCUCGCGCUGCACUUUCUCCGCGAGCACCAACCCGCCAAGGCGUUGAGCGCGUUUGAGGCCGCAGCGGCAGCAGUGGCAGCGCUGCCGGAGGAGCGGAUGUCUCAACCCAGGAGGGACCUGCACUCCGCUGCGCACCGCCACAUGGCACAGGUCCGUUGGUCUAUUUCCGUUUGCAUCCAUUGCGCCACGUGCCAUUCUCAAGUACGCCCUCUCUGCUCCACCGUUUCUUCUUUGUUCAUCACCCCCUCAUCUCCUCCCGUCUCCUGCCCCCCCCCAUGCCUGCUCUACGCCCCCCUGCAGUGUCAUCUAGAGCUGGCUAUGCUUGCUGCUCCUGCUGCUGCAGAGACCGACCCCCACCAUCAUCACCAUAACCAGCAUCUCAAUGCUUCGCAGCAGCAGCAUCCGCAUAAGCAGCAGAAACAACAUCAGCAGAAUCAUCAACAGCAGCAACAACAGCAUGCAGCACAUGCAAACGAUGCUGACGUGGCUGGUGGCGCCCCUAUUACAGUUCACAAGCAAAGCAGCUCCAAGGUGCAGGGCAAAGCACAGGGGAAAGAUCAGGUGAACGCGCAGGGGAAAGUUGAGGGAAAGGUACAGGCAAAAGCACAGCUCAAGGGGCCGAGGCGGGGAGCGAAGAUGCAGCAGCAAGCGCAGAAGAAGGGUGAGAAGCGGGGAAAGCGAGAGCGAGAGAAGGCAGAAACAGGGUUGAUGCGUCCUGCGGAAAAGCAUGGAGAGGAGUGGAGCCUGCCUGAAAUGGACCAGGAGGGUGGUCUCAGUGGGAAGAGGAAGUUUGAGGGGGAGGGAGCGAUAGAGGGCGUUACGAAUGGGUUGGAUGAGUUGGAUGGGUUACUUGGACUGGCUGGGUUGGUGGAGGAAGAAGCGGAGGGGAGGGAGGCGAAGCGGGUGUGCAGUGCUCUCGACAUGUUUGCUGCUGUUGCUGACCUCGAACUGAGGAGAGAGGAGAGGCUGAGGGAGGAGAGGCAGAGGGAGGAGGCGUGCUUGUUGCAACAAGACAGCGUUGGAUCUCUGAAGAAAGCAGCGGAAAGAGGGGGGAUGGCCACGACCAAUCAUCUUGCUGUCAUGCUCCUGCUGUACGGGCGAACAGAGAAAGCCCUGGACGUUCUGUCACAACAGCUGGCAAGCGUUGAGACUGGCACAAGCGGUGAUGCUGCUGGCAGCACUGGCAGCACGGCAAGCCCUACCGCUCCCAUAGACACCGACACUCUCGCCAACCUAGGAGCUGCCCUGCUGCAUGUGGGAAGGUACGAUGAGGCUGCGGCCUGCCUGCAGGCAGUGCUGCAGAGGGAGCCGCAGCACCCUGCUGCUCUCUGCUCGUACUCCGCCCUGCUGCUUGCUACACAGCGGU